GGAAUGCUUGCGCGUUGGGGAAAAAAAGAAAGCCUUGUCUUGAAGUUGCUGACCUCAGCUGAGAACCAUUCCCCCUUCUGCCCCUCCUCAUGUAUGCGCUGCCCGGGGAGAGAACAUGGCACAAAGGCCCUCCCGGGGCCCCGUUCCCCCACUUCUAAACACGCCCGGUGCUUGUCUAGGCCAUAACGGGGGCCAACUCUUUCCUUGGGCUGGGGGAGUCUUUUCAGACCUUCUCCUUCGCCCCUUUCUGCUGCUGGUUCCACCCGGUCGCCCUCCAGCACCCUUCGGCUGCCCAGGACAGGUUGCAAGCCGUGGCGCUGCUGGGUAGGACGUGCAAAGCCCGGGCGCCAGGGUUGGGGCAUCGGGGGUGACUGGGAUGCUGUCCUCCGUCCUGCAGGCAGGGAGGCUUUCCUUCGAGCUGGCUGCCCCUGCCCUCCCACGCUUGGAGGGCCCAGCCUGGAAGUCGUGAGGUGGCUUGGCUGCCCUCCCAGCCUCCUGGCUGCAGAGGGGGAGAGGCGGCGACGACUUGCGGAAGGUUUCCUGUUUUUCCUCCCCUGGCACACUGGGGAGGGGGGGUGGCUAAAAUCCACAUGCCGCCGCCACAGCCGUUGCAUCCUGGUGGGGGGUGGCUUUGAGCCACCCAGGGCUCCUGCCAACAUGUCCUGAUCAGAUGCAGCCAGAGGAUCCGCGGUUCGCCUUCCCGGAUUGGGCCUAUAAACCGGAGUCGAGUCCCGGUUCCCGUCAGAUCCAGCUCUGGCACUUUAUCCUGGAGCUGCUGCGGAAGGAAGAGUACCAUGACGUCAUCGCCUGGCAAGGGGACUACGGCGAGUUUGUCAUCAAGGAUCCCGACGAAGUGGCCCGGCUCUGGGGGGUGAGGAAAUGCAAGCCUCAGAUGAACUACGACAAGCUGAGCCGGGCCCUGAGAUAUUACUACAACAAGCGGAUCCUGCACAAGACCAAAGGAAAACGUUUCACCUACAAGUUCAACUUUAACAAACUGGUGCUGGUCAACUACCCUUUUAUUGAUAUGGGCAUGGCAGGUGGGGCCGUGCCCCAAAGUGCCCCACCUGUGCCUUCGGGUGGGUCACACUUCCGCUUUCCCCCUUCCACCCCAUCCGAUGUCUUGUCACCGGCCGAGGAUCUGCGUUCGCCUGGGGUCUUCUCCGCCGUGGCUCGCCGCCUCGCUCGGGGUUCGGUCAGCGACUGCAGCGACGGCACCUCAGCCAAUUCAGAAGUCGAGGAAUCGUUGGCCGAAGAGCAGCGGCGUGGUGGUGGAGGAGAGGCAGGUGGAUUCCGUGGUCCCCCCUUGCCCGGCCAUCCACGUUUGACCCACGACACCCUCUUUAGGAUCUAUCCUCGCCCGCGGGUUCCUGAGCCUCUUAGCCCCUUCCCCGUGUCCCCCAUGACUGGGCCUGCUGCUCUCCUGCCCCCCCAGAUGUCCCCUGCCCUGCCCCUCACCCCCACUCACAUGAAUUACACUCCCUCGCCCACCCUCAGCCCCAUGUAUCCCAGCGGCUCCCACUUCUCCUUCAACCCCGAGGACAUGAAGCGCUACCUCCAAGCGCACACCCAGAGUGUAUACAACUACCAUCUCAGUCCCAGGGCCUUCCUCCACUACCCCAACAUUAUCAUCCCGCAGCCCCAGCGCCUGGAGAAGCCCCCUCUUCCCCCUCCGCCCCCACAGGCUGAGGAGACCCCCAGCCCUUUCAAAUUCAAGCUGCAGCCGCCACCGUUGGGGCGCCGCAACCGUGACAAGCAGCCUCCGCCAGCUCCAGCUGUGCCCCCGGGAGACUCCAGCAGUGGUCUUCCUGCCUCCUCCUCCUCCUCUUCUGCAGCUGCUCCGGAGCCCCUCGUCCCCCAGAUCAAAGUGGAACCCAUCUCGGAAGAAGAGUCUGAGGAAGACCUCACGGUGGAGGUCACCGAUAUCAGCGAGGAUGACGAGGAGGUCUUUAAGGCCCCUUCGGUCCCCCUGGAGAAGAUCGAAAAUGGGGAGAUUUCAGCCUUGGCGCCCCCCGUGUCUCGGGCCGGGGAGAGCGGCAAAUGCAUUCCCCUCAAAUUACGUUUCAAACGCCGUUGGAGUGAGGAUCAGCGGCUGGAAGCCGGCGGGACAGGCGACCAAACAGACGACAAGAAAGUGAAGGGUGAGGAGGAUGCUGUUGGUCACGGGGACGCAGUGGGAGGCCGGCGGAUCAGCACGGAGCUGCAGCAGGCCACAGCAGAGCUGACCCUUGAGAAUCGGGACUGCUAGACGGGGACGUACAGCCCUCCCUCCCUCUGGACAGAUGGACUGA